GGAUCAGGGCGGCCUCCAUGCCAGAUCCGCUGCGGGAGCACCAAGUGGCUGCACUGAUUCGAGGUGUCUGGAAGCUUCAGUCCUGUGCACCAGGAGCCUGAGCGUCUGAAGCGAAAGGCGCCAGCGGGGCGCUCUGAGAUUUUGGCCUUGGGGCUGACCCUCGAGCUGUGGAGGAUUUGCUCUCUCACCCCUCCCACUUGUGGGCGUGCAAGUUAUUUGGUGAUGGUUGGUGACAUCAGAGUGAAUGAGACUGAGCCAAAGUCCAGCUUCUCCAUGAGGUGCCUGGUCACAGCGGCAGGCCCUGCCUCUGGACCAGGUAGUGUGGAAGAAAGCAUUUCUGAGAAAAAAAUAUGGCCACAUCCCAAAAGGGAAAGAUCUUUCUUGCCCAUCCUCAGCAACUCAACCCACGACUGGGAUGGGGUAUGACUUUCUGCUUCUCAAAACCAAAGGACAAGGAGGACUGUGCUUCCAUUUCCGGUGUGCCUCCCAUCUUUCACUUCCGCCCUCAGCACUGUACACACCUCAAGAGCCAGUAUCUGAAAAAGGCCGCUGCAAACCUGUCCUUCUCUGCAGAGGUAGCGUGGCAGCGAGGGCUACCCAGCGUGCCUUACAGCCAGUACAGCUUUGACCACCUCUACAACACAGAUGACAUCAUCCAGCCUCCCCACAUCAGGAAGGCCCAACCUGAGAAAUCUGUUAGUUCCAGGCUCCUACAUCCCUCAGAACCCUUGGCAGGAGACACCUCCCAGGCUGGGAAGACGGAAAGUUCUCCCUAUUGUGAAAAGAAGCGGAAAAAACCAAAGCCAGGAUGCAUAGUCCAGGAAACAUCCCACUCUCUCACGCCUUCACCCAGUAAGGAUCCAGAUAUGCUAGAUCUGCCACCUUCUCCAGAGGUGGAAAGGGAUGUCUGGCUUCCACUUCCUGAGAAGGAAGCCAGAGCCUGGGAGGCCAUUGUGCUGGAAAAGCUGAAUAAGCGCACAGCCCGAUGGAUCCAGAACAAGCACCCCACAAGGCCUGGAGCAUCACCCAACAAGUGGCAGAGCUUCUUGCGCCAGCAGUACGACUGGAGCCACAUCCGAGAUGAGCUCACCUCAGCCAGCGAUCUGGAGCUCCUGAGACAGCUGGAAGCAGAAGAGGCAGCAGAGUUUGAGGGUCAAAGUAUCAUCCUGCUCCCCGACGAAGAAAAGAAGCCAGAGCUGCUGCUUCCUGUUUACUACAGAUUACCCAGUUAUUCCCCACAAGCACAGACAGUUGAAAGCGUGCCCAGCAAGAAUACGACAGCCGAGGACAUCAAGGAAAAGAAAGGCAUCUUCCAGCACCCAAAGCAGAGCUAUUUCCGGCAGGUGAAUCCUCGAGCUGGGAGGUUUGCUUACUCCACAGACAACACCUUUGAACAGGAGAUUUACUUUGAUGGAGUCCAGAUCGUCCACCACAUCGGUGGGAAGAGAGACCACAUUUUUCUGGAAAACCGUAAUCAGUAUGAUAAGCAGUUAUGUAAGAUCUUCCCUGAAACUCCAGAAAAGUGGAGUUUCCAGCCUGUUCCUAAAGCAUCUUGUAGGCCUGUGAAAGGAGCCCCGCGCUGGACUGCUCUACCCACUCCAGCCAAGGAUUUGCUGCUGCAGGUGGGUGAGGAGGAUGUGCCCAUCAAGAUCAGGAAAUCCAAGAAACAGUUGAAACCACUGGUGGAGGAUGUGACUUGGGAGCUGGUGGUCCUGCGGAGGAUGCUGCAGGAGUGGAAGACUGCCUGGGGACUGAUCAUUGAGUGGCACCAUGAGACGGUGGAGAGCCUGCUGCGAGGCUUAGAAGACAUGUAUGAUCACAUUCGGAUCCAAGCCAUCAUCACAUGUGCCACAGCUGCUCUGGAAUGGCCCCGGGUUGCAACCAGCCCAAGGGACUCAGACCAGGAGGCUGUGAAGCCCCCACUUGUCCAAGACUUGCCUGAGGCUCUACAGCCUUCUCUGGAGGCUGCUCUUUGUGACAAGAAUGUCAAUGUGAGGAUGGCAGCAGCACUAUGCCAAUAUGCCACACAGUCACAUAACCCCCUUGCCCGGGACAUCAUGGAGACAGCCCUUGAGAAGGGUAAUAGUGCAGACAGCUGGGCUGCAGCUCAGUGCUUGGCCGUUGAAGGUAAUGCCUCUUAUCCAGUGAUUAAGAGGAUUCUCCAUCAGCUGUUUAACAAGAAGAAUGAGGACACCGAGAACCAGUCUUGUAUCCUCCUGCGCCAUCUCAGUGGAAAGACGACCCUGAUACACACCAUGCUUGCUGUGGAACUGAACAGCCAUCAGUGGAAGGACCGGACUGUGGCCUGCCGGGCUUUCUCCAGGAUCAGUGGAAAUGUCUGUUUAGAUAUGAAACACAAGUUGAUCCAGCUAAUGUGGAAUGACUGGAAUAAAGAAGUGAGGCAAGCAGCUGCCCGUGCACUGGGGCAAAUGAGCCUUGGGAAAGAGGUGCAUGAUGCAAUUAGGGUUAAGCUGGUUGAAGGAAAUGCCCAAGAGCGCGUGAAAGCGCUCUCCCUGAUAGGUGGGCUCAAGCUCAUGACUGCCAAGCUUCUCCCAGGCUUCCUGCAGUGCUUCUCUGAUGAGUUUGUAGCAGUUCGGCAGGCAGCCUGUUUGGCAGCAGGUGCCCUGCAGAUCCGCAACAAGAUGGUGCUUGAAUGCCUUCUGAAUCUGAUGCAGACAGAUCCUUUUUGGAAAAUCAAAGCUUUUGCCAUUCGAGCUUUGGGACUGAUUGGGGAAGUGAAUCCCCAGGUGGCUGAUCUCCUGCUCUGGGCUGUCCACUACGAAGAAUCACCAGGUGUACGAGUAGAAGCCUGCCGUAGCAUCCUGGCCCUCAAACUUCAAGGGGACAGGGUCAGGGACACCUUUCUAGAUGUGUUGCUUCUGGAGAACCAUGAGGCUGUUCUCAACGAAAUUUACCAAGCAAUGAAGAUACUCAACUUAGGAAAUGAAGAAAACCAAGAAAUGGUUCAGGAAGUCAAGAACAGGAUUAAAACACUGAACCAAAAGGACUUGUUAACACAGAAAAUACUCAAAAUUGAGAGGGUCACAGCAAAAGUGAAAGAAGCAGCAAAACGUGUUUACUCACAACCUAAAGAGGGACAAAAACCAUUGAAACUCCAUACUUUUCUCCAAGAAACUUUUCAGGAUGAGGUGGUUCUUCCCAGAAGACCGUCUGAGGUUUGUGACAUUGAAGAAGUCAUAAAGCCUGUGAAGCCACACACACCGAAUUCCUGGUUACAAAGUCCAGUCCUAGACCUAAACACACAAAACAGACAUCAUUUGUCACUUGUCAAAGACCUGCACACGGCCCGGGAGAAAAGGAUUGCUAUGGGGCCAUUUGAGUCUCACACCUCGGGUCUUUAGCUGAGUAAGUAAUCAGAACAUUUUUUUCCAUUAUCAAGUCUUCUCUGAAAGGAAAGGUGCUCAUCUCUAGGCUGAAUGCUGCUCUUGCUCCAAGACACAA